UUCUUCAAAAUGAAAUGCCUGGUCGUAUUUCUCGUCCUUUCCUUUUCAGACGUGGUGAUCGCCGAAAAUUCAGUAAUUGAAUUUCACAUCGAACGCAACCAUGACAAGAAACCUUGCACAUAUUUUGAAAAUAAAAGAUUUGCUGUAGAAGUUGAGGGACUAAUAAAUUGUACGUGGUAUGCCCCCAAAGCUUGCUGUAAACGUACAGAGGUUACCUCUGUUUUCUCCGGAAUGCCACCUUUAUAUGGAGCCUCCCGAGACUGCACCAAUCACUUGAACUACAUGAUGUGUUAUUUUUGUGCACCAGACCAAGUUCACUGGUAUCACAAAGAUGAAGAAAGAAAAGUUCAUGUCUGUACGGACUUUUGUAAAUCAGUUUAUCACCAUUGCCAAGGAGCUUUUUAUGACGGAAAAAGAAUAGGUGCUAAAUACCAAAAUGGUACGUCUUUCUGUGAGGCCCAGAAUUUCCAGGUGAUUGAUGGUAAACAGAACUGCUUCAAAUUUGACCCCAAUGUCUUUGACAAAGCCAAUAAAAUAACAUGUGUCGUUUCCUUGUUUUUCGUGUUGAAUUUUCUCACGCUAGUAUUUCUGUAAACUAAUUAAAUUCUGUCAACUUUAAGGAUAGGGGUUUUGAUACAUGUAUGUAGAUUUAUGGUUGGAAUCUGAACUGUACUCAUUCCAAAAACUUAACAAAGUGUAAUGUAUUUGUAAUUUUAUUUUCUUUUUAAAAAUCAGGAAUAUACAUUAUUUUUUUUGUGUAAUUCUUACAUUCACUUUCAAAAAGUAAUAUAUCUUCUCAAGACAAAUUUAAAGAAAAACACCGAUAUGCAAUGAAAUAUACAGUAAACGACAUACCUAAAUGUUGAAAAGUACGAACCCAACUCAAAGUGGUUUUGUUUGACACAUACAUGUAUAUGUGGUGAAAUGUACAAUGAAAGUAAAAUGUUUUCGAUAUAUAAAUAUUUCAUGAUUAUGUUUGAGAAGUAAAUUAAUGAUUGAUUGAAUUCACAUAUCGUGGUUGUUUUUGUUGGGGACAUUUUCUUUGGGCAACCUGAAAUUCAUCCGGCUUCAUGUGUUCUUUAUUCUAAAAUGUGAUU